AUGGCGCGGUCCCACUCAGCCACCCUCCCAAUCAUCACCCUCCCCCGGGGCACCGUGCUCCUCCCCGGCGUCGUGCAGCGCAUCGCCGUGUCGCUCAACCGUCCCGACAUCGCCUCGCUGCUGGCCGCCGUCUACACCCGCGCCGCGUCCAAAUCCCCCAACGGCCGCAUCGACACCGUGCCCAUCGCCUGCGUCCCUCUCGCGUCCGCGCUGCUGGGGGCCAACGGCCAGCUGCUGAUCCAAGAAGGUGCUGCCGAGAACGAUGCUGAUGCGGAUGCUGCUGAUGCCGCUGCUGCAAAAGCGACACCUCCGCCUGCGGACGCCGAGAACGAUGUCGAUCCGGCCAAGGCUACCAAGACCGAUCUGUACGGCUGGGGCGUAGCGGCCAAGAUCACGGGCGUCGAGGGCCGCGGGACAGGCGAGUUCACACUGCUGGUGGAAGGGGUCACGCGUGUCCGGGUGGAUAAGGUCUACGAGGGCAAGGCGUAUCUAGAAGGGAAAGUCACAUAUUACCAGGACGAGCACAGCCGGGCGGACGCGACGCUCGAGGAGCUGUUCCAGCACCUGAAGUUGUUGUCUAGGGAGCUUGUUGCCAUUCUGCGGCUGUCAUCCCUCAUCCCGCGCUCGGGCAGUGGUGGCACGCCCGGGCUGUCGCCACUGCUUGCUCGCCGGCUGGAUAUGUUCAUCACGCGCCAGAAACUUCCUGGGUCGCUGGCGGAUUUUAUGGCGAAUAUUGUGGACAGUUCAUACGAGGAGAAGCUGCAAGUGUUGGCGAUGCGGGAUGUUAAGGAGCGGGUUACGAAAGUGAUUGAGUUGCUGGAUCGCCAGGUUGGGAAUAUCAAGAACAGCAUCAAGAUCACGGCUGUGACCACCACGACGCUGCCAUUUGACCCCGACUCGGCUAAGAACAACAUCGAAAACUUCAUCAGAUCCGGCAAGGCCCGGUUACCCUUCAAGAUCCCCUCGUCAGCCACGGGGAUGCCGGGCUUUUCGGGCAGCAGCAACGACAAUAAAAACAAAAACCCAGGCGGGAACUCGGAAGAAGACCCGGAGGCUGAUGAACUCGAUGAGCUUCAAAAGAGACUAGACGAGGCCAAGCUAACGCCCGAAGCGGCCAAGGUCGCGGACCGCGAGAUGCGGCGCCUUAAGAAGAUCCAUCCUGCCCAGGCCGAGCACGCCGUCACGCGGACCUACCUCGAGACCCUCGCCGAGGUCCCGUGGACGGCCACCACCGACGACAGGUUGGGGCCGCAGACCCUGGCUCGGGCUCGCAAGCAGCUGGAUGAUGAUCACUAUGGGCUUGAGAAGGUCAAGAAGCGGCUGCUGGAGUACCUUGCUGUGCUGAGGCUGAAGCAGUCUAUCAAUGACGAUGUGGACGCGCAGAUCAAGCAGGCAGAGGAGGAGAUUGGUGCUAUCGAGGCUGCGGGUAGGGACGAGAACACCGAGAAGGCUGAGAAGACUGAGUCCCCUGGGACCACGCCUGAGGUAGGCGUGGAAGAAAAGGUCAAGUCCAAUAUUGCAAAGCUGGAGGUCCUCAAGAGCAGGCGGAUGGUGGACAAGUCCCCUAUUCUCCUACUUGUUGGGCCCCCCGGCGUGGGCAAGACCAGUCUCGCGCGCUCUGUGGCCAUUGCCCUGGGGAGAAAGUUCCAUCGCAUAUCUCUCGGCGGUGUGCGCGACGAAGCCGAGAUCCGCGGUCACCGCCGCACCUACGUCGCUGCCAUGCCCGGGCUGAUCGUGCAAGGGCUGAAAAAGGUUGGCGUGGCGAAUCCGGUCUUCCUGCUCGACGAGAUCGACAAAGUGGGCGGGUCAAGCGCCCACGGAGAUCCCUCAGCGGCCAUGCUGGAAGUGCUCGACCCGGAGCAGAACCACACCUUCACCGACCACUACAUCAACAUCCCCAUCGACCUGAGCAAGGUCAUGUUCAUCGCCACCGCCAACAGCCUCGACACCAUCCCCCCGCCGCUGCUCGACCGCAUGGAGACCAUCUACCUGCCCGGCUACACCACCCUGGAGAAGCGCCACAUCGCCAUGCAGCACCUCGUCCCCAAACAAAUGCGCGUCAACGGCCUCGCCCAGGACCAAGUCGUCUUCUCCGAGGAUGUCGUGUCCAAAAUCAUCGAGUCCUACACCCGCGAAGCCGGCGUCCGCAACCUCGAGCGCGAGAUCUCCUCCGUACUACGCGGCAAAGCCGUCGAGUUCGCCGACGCCAAGGACGCAGGGCACCCAGAAACCUACAACCCGCGCCUGCGCGUCGACGACCUCGAGCGCUUCCUCGGCAUCGAGAAAUUCGAAGAAGAAAUCGCCGAAAAGACCAGCCGCCCGGGCAUCGUCACGGGCCUGGUCGCGUACAGCACCGGCGGCAACGGCAGCAUCCUCUUCAUCGAGGUCGCCGACAUGCCCGGGACAGGCACCGUGCAGCUGACGGGGAAACUGGGGGAUGUGCUCAAGGAGAGUGUGGAGGUGGCGCUGACGUGGGUGAAGGCGCAUGCAUAUGAGCUGGGCUUGACGAGGGGGCCGGCGGAGAAUAUUAUGAAGGAUCGUAGUAUUCAUGUGCAUUGCCCGUCGGGGUCGAUCCCGAAGGAUGGGCCGAGUAGUGGGAUUGCGCAGGCGAUUGCGUUGAUUUCGUUGUUCUCUGGCAAGGCUGUGCCGCCUACGCUGGCUAUGACGGGCGAGAUCUCCCUCCGAGGACGGAUCACAGCCGUUGGUGGUAUCAAGGAGAAACUAAUUGGCGCCUUGCGCGCCGGCGUCAAGACGGUGAUGCUACCGGCACAGAACCGAAAGGACGUCAAGGACCUUCCACAGGAGGUUAAAGACGGGUUGGAGAUUGUGCAUGUUGACCACAUCUGGGAAGCCAUCCGGCACGUCUGGCCAGAGAGCCAGUGGCCUGGUGAACAGGACCAUCCUAUUGUGGAGAGUCGACUGUAA